AAUGUCUCUAUAACGCUCUUCGACUAACCCCUUUAUCCACAGUUACUGCAUCCCAACAUGCCUCGUUAUCCACAUCAAUUCACUUCUAUACUCUUUCUGCCCAGUAGAAUUCAUAUUUCCUCGCAAUGGCGACAAAGGUCCAUGUGCAGCACAAGGACGUUCACCAUAACCUUUCAGUAGACGGCUUUAUCCAAUAUACACCAUGUUACUGUGAAGAAAAUAUUUACCAAUUAGCAAAACUGUUCGAUGGACAAGGACAGGUUGUUUUUAUAACUACGAAAACGAAAACGACGCCUAUUUGGGAACAGAAAGUGGGAAAAGAACCUGAUGGAUUGGUUGUUUGGGACUACCACGUCGUGUUUCUCAGUCGUGGUACAGACAACAACGACUGGAACGUAUGGGACUUUGACAGCAAGUUGCCAUUUCCGACGACGUGGAGUGAGUAUCGAUACAAAGCGUUAAAAAGGGUACAGCAGACGUACGAGGGGAAUGUCCUGGAUCCGGAUUCACCCUGCCUCGAACGUUGUUUCCGUGUCGUCUCGGCCAAACAAUAUCUCGACCACUUCAGCAGCGAUCGUUCACACAUGAGAACAGAAACAGGCGACUGGCUAGCUCCACCGCCAUUAUACCCACCCAUUGGUAAAGGAAGAAGCAGCAACUUGGAAACGUAUUUGGACAUGCAAACCCACAUCGAGGAUUCUGUGUUUGGUCGAGUGCAUGAUGAGGAUUCCAUAGACAGCAUGCUUUUCACGUCUUGUUGAAACAGUCGUGACAAAUAGGUUCGUUUUCCCUACGACCGUCGACUUGUGAACAAAGUGAGCAAACAACACGACUACAAACACAGCAUUCGCGAGAACAAAUAAGACACAUGUUUUGA